AUGGUAUUUCACUGCAUCUAUCCCAGCGCAUAUGUUACUGUAAUUGACCGGACCUCGCCGGUUUGCGAUUUUCGCAGGCAGCAGAGGGUCGGGCCGCACGCCGCUGGACUGGGACAACCGGAUGAGAAUAGCGCUGGGCACUGCGAGGGGUCUGGCCACCUGCACGUUCCGGGAAAAGUUGUCCACGGCAACAUCAAGGCCUCCAAUGUCCUGCUCCGCCAGGACCACGGGGCCUGC